GAACGACCCGCCCCACAGCUAGCAUAUUCCCGCCAAAGAUGGCUGAAGAAUUUCUCCGCGACUAUCCUGGACUGAGACCGUUCGUUCUCUCUGGCGUUCAACUCACCGGCGCCAGAAUUGGCGGCGGGGCUUAUGGCAAAGUGGAGGAGGUGGUCGUCCCAGUGGGCGCGGCAGCCAAAACCAUCUACACCGUCAUACAAGAGGGGGAUUGGACGACUGUAGAUCUACCCAAGGCUGUAACAGAGUUCGUAAGGGAAUGUCACUUGAUGAGCACCCUCCGCCACCCGAAUAUCGUGCAGUUUCUUGGCGUCACCUUCUUUCCCGGCUCGCGACUGCCAGCUCUCGUAAUGGAGCGACUGCUGACGAGCCUUCAUGACAUGCUGGUUCCAGACCACCCCCCUCCGUCCGGCGCCAUCACACCGCUAUCCUUCUUCACCAUGGCUCUCAAGUGCUCCGUGCUGCACGAUGUGGCGAGCGGCCUAGCAUACCUCCACGGGCAGGCGCCGCCCGUCAUCCACCGCGAUUUGUCCGCCGGAAACGUUCUCCUGGACUCUGGGAUGGUGGCCAAGAUCGCAGACCUGGGUAUGGCUCGUAUUGUGCCUCGUUUUAGAGCUGCAGCCACCAUGACGAAGAUGCCCGGGUCACUAGUUUACAUGCCUCCAGAGGUCUUUGAGCCGACCCAAUCAAAUGCUGAAAAGUCGAGGUACAAUACCAGUAUUGACGUCUUCUCUCUUGGAGUUGUCGCCAUUUUCACAAUUGGUGAAGUCUUCCCCUGUGAUCUUCUUGCUUCCAACUAUCUCGACGAGAACAGUGGGCUGCUGGUAGCUCGCACUGAGCUCCAGCGACGCAGUGAGUACAUGCGACACGUGAACGAGAAACUCCGUGCCUAUGGCCAGCUCCGUGGAGACCACCCUCUCGUUCAGUUGAUCCAGCAAUGCCUGCACAAUGGUCCUCACAAACGUCCAAGUAUUAGCGAGGUGCUGAGUCUGUUGGAUGGGGCCAGAGGUUGUUUUAGCCGUUACGAGAGUGAGAGGAACAAACGUGAUCUGCUGCAUGCUCUUCAGACGCAGCCUAGGAACCAGAAUUUGGAACAUGUUCUCAGAGAUCUAGUGACAAAAAAUGCCAAUGCCCAAUCCCUUGUACUAGAGCUACAAUCCAGAAACCACGCAAAGGACAGAGAGUUAGCUGAGGCUCGGCAGCAACUACGACAGAAAGAGGAACAGUUGACAAGGGCAGACGAGAGUAUCAGGAGAACAUUGUGGCUAUAUAGGAGACUGAGUUAGUGCAGGCCAUGGACAACGCUGAGGAACGACUAGAAAAGAUUCUCAGAGCUGUACCAGUAAUGAAAGAUGCCCAGGGAACAAAGCGAGGCGAGUGUAACCUAUGCAAGUGCUCCAAAUAUGUGGCACCAGUAGAGGGUGACAAGCACUCAUGCGAGUACUGUGGACAUCGCCCUACUGAUCAUGUGUGGGUACUAGAUGAGCUGGGCCAAUGCAGGACAACAGGCAGUAUAGCACCCCAAGUGUGCACCCUACGGCAGUUGAGAUACUCAGAACUCAGUCAAGUUCAGUCGCACUUCAGCAGUCAGUGGCCUUCCCAGAAGGGUACCUGCCCCACAAUUACUUGCGCUUUCCAAAUUGUCAACCCACAACUGGAGGCACGGUGGAACACUUAUAAACCGGGACUUCCAAGUGACUGUCAGACUGUCGAGAAACACUUCCACGGGACCAAGUUGAAGUGUGACAUUGUCAACACACAGAGCCCCUGUAAUGACGAGGACUGCGGGAUAUGUGGGAUCAGCAAGUACGGGAUGGACAGGAGGCUUUUUCGGAAGAAUAUAAACUACCACCGUUUUGGUCUUGCAUUCUACUUUGCCCCCAACUCCUCAAAGUGCCACGACUACACCCAGGGAGUCCU